AUGGCUCACAUAUUCCUAUUCACGCUGAACUGUGCAAAGGCCUCUCAACUGAGGUCGAUAGCAGAUGCCGUUGGAAGAAGUCUUCCUGAGGAGUCGCCUGAUCUGUUCGUAUUUGGGUUCCAGGAGCUCGUGGAACUUCUGCCCUCGCUGACCCCUGGUGUUGUAGAUGAAGAGCUGAGCCAGCUGAAGGCUCUGAUUGCGACGACGAUCGAGGAGAAGUAUGGCAUUGAAGUCUUCAAGAGCGUGAACAGCUCUGUGGGUGCUAUUGGGAGCUUUGUGCUGAGUGUAGGCCCAAUUGAGAGUGUGCUUGAGGCCUCAACCACCUGUGGACUGAUGUACUCAUCGCUGAAGGGUGGAUGUGGCCUCCGCAUCAAGUACAACCACCAGUACUACACCUUUGUCACGGCACAUCUGAGUGCCAAUGAGGGCCAACUGGCGAGACGUAUCCAAGACUCGACAAAGGUGUUGAGGGGGCUACAAUUCGGUGAUGGAUGGUCUGUUCUUAGACCCCAGUCGCAUGUGUUCUUUAUGGGAGAUUUGAACUUCAGGUCACGGUCGGGCGAUGCCUUGCUCAGCAAUGACGAGCUGAUUCCAAGCAUGAGCCGUGGCGAGUGCUUCCCUGGGUUCGACGAAUGUGCCAUUGCUUUCAAACCUACUUAUAAGUUCAACAUCGGAACAGACACCUACAACAAGAAGAGAAUCCCAUCAUGGUGUGAUCGUAUCCUCUUCUUGAAAUACCCACGGAUUGUUAAAUCUGAGUACCAAUCUGCUCCUGUGCUGACAUCUGACCACCACGCAGUGUAUUUGGAUCUAACAGUCGAUCAACUACCAGCCGAGGCUGUCUCUACAAGAGGUCAAAUAACAUCACAAGCUGGUGAAGUCGUUGAUAUGUCGUUAAGCACAACAGUUCAACUCGAUGCCAUUCUCAGGCUGGUUGGCGAUUUUGUCGUUUGGAAAUCGCUCUGGUUGACUCGGACCACACUGGGACGGGUGCUACUGUGUACUUUGGUGCUUGGAUUGUGCUAUAUGGUUCUAUAA